UUGUUUUCAUUUUAAUUAUUUUAAUCUCUGGGAAAACGCGCACUUGAGUUUUUAUAUAUUCUCCGAGUCUCCCAGGUAUUUAUAUCAAUAUAGUUGGAUUUCCAGUAGUACUUCAAAUAAAGUGUAAUAUUGGUAACUAUACAGUGAACUAACGUAAAAGGGCACACUUUUUACUUAUAGUGUAAAACUUGGACUUGUGAAUUGAUACUGUGUGAGCUCCGGCUGUAAGCGAUGGAGGACAGUGUUCAGCACGUUAAGGAGGAACCUGGCUGUGACGUCAUGGAUUAUGGUAUCAUUAAGAAGGAAAUGGAACCAAUAGAAGUAGAGAUACAAAUUGUGAAGGAGGAGCCAGCGUACGACGACAGUGCCGACACGAGCGAGGCUGCCCUGGCCGGGCUGUACGCGGACCACGUGGUCAAGGACGAGCUCGUGCUGGGGCCGGAGCACCCGCACCGCCCCAACGGCGGCCUCGUAGUGCGCGAUGAAACUACACCGCCGCAGAAACACGAGAGGAACUACGUGUGCGAUUGCGGGGAGGUAUUUCAACAAAAACAUGAUUUAACUAUGCACAUCAAGUCGCAAGACGAAAAAGGUUUAUCUAUAAUUAGUGGAUGCAGCAAAAUCACUAGCAAACCAUAUGUCUGCAACAUAUGUCAAAAAGGGUUUACAUCCUUAUCUAAAUUAACGAUACAUGAACGCAUUCACACGGGUGACAAGCCGUAUUACUGUGAAGUGUGUAAAAAGACGUUUAGGCAUGCAAAUACUUUGAAACAACAUCGUAAAGUUCACACUGGCGAAAAACCAUAUCAAUGCGAAGUAUGUAACAAGCAGUUCAGGGAUUAUAGAACUGUAAAGAGACAUAAAGUUAUACACACUGAUGAAAAUCCCUAUCGAUGCGAAAUAUGUAAAGAGCAGUUCUGUGAUUCUAUUACUGUAAAGAGACAUAAACGAAUACACACUGAUGAAAAACCCUAUCAAUGCGAAGUAUGUAAAAAGCAGUUCAAAGAUUCGGGUUCUGCAAACAGACAUAAACGAAUACACACUGAUGAAAAACCUUAUCAAUGCAAAGUAUGUAAAAAGCAAUUUAGUGAUUCCACUACUCUAAAGAGACAUAAACUAAUACACACCGGCAGAACUAUAUCAAUGCCGAUUGUGUUAAAAAAAAAUAUUUUCGUACUAGGUCAUCUAAAUUCACAUAAACGAGUCCACACAAGUGAAUAAUGCCAUUUCAUCGAACUCGUUACAUGGUUCUGGUUCAUGGUUCGUUACAAAGCUCGCCUUUGGGAGAGUCUUUCCGUCAAAAUUAAACAGUGUCCGAACAGGUUUGCCAAAGGUGUGGCGCCAUCUAUUCGAGCAUAACUUUUUUUAUUUAUUUUCUAGGCACGUUUUUUCCUCAGACUUCUUAUCUUAUCUUUGCCAAAUGUAUCAUCUAUACCACAUAUUUUUGCACCGCCACCGCCUAAAACUUAAUCUGCUUAUGGCAUUAAGUUCGCCGUUUGUAUAGUGUGUUUUCGUAUGUGCAAUAAUAAUUAAAUAAACUAUAAAAAGUAAUUUAUUAUUAUUAUUCUCUUUAUUUAUUCUUUUUCUUACGUUAGGUUUUUUAUAAUAUGCAUAUAAAAGUAAAAUAUAAAAACACUUAUAAAACAAUACAAAAUACAUAUAAACAAAUUAUAAAAAAACCUAACCUAGAGUGCCGCCAGCAGCGGGGCAGGGCUCAAGCUGCCGGUGGUCAGGGCCGCAGAGAGAGGAACCGGCGGACUAUCCGCGCCGUGUCCAAGAUCGAGUGUUGGUCGAGACUCUCAAGGUGUUGGUCGAGACUUAUUAUUAUUAUUAUUUCGUUUUAGACAGGCAGCUGAUGCUGGUACAUCUAAAUCAUAGUUCACUUAGCACGAUUUCACAGUUUAGAUAGUUUUAAAGUAGAUUAAAAGUAGUCACUUAGCACGAUUUCACAGUUUAGAUAGUUUUAAAGUAGAUUAAAAGUAGUCACAUGAAAGAACUUAUUUCGGUGAAUAGUCAAAGUAUUGCAAAUUAUAUGCAUUAUAGACUCAAUUUCCUGAAGCAUUAUAAAAAAGAAAUACGCAAGGGGGGUAUUUAAAUUCGAAACGCAAAAAUUGCUACUACAUGGCCUGCUUAAUCUAUAACUCCAUAUCAAAACAAAAAACAAAUAUGGAUUAUAACAGCUUUUGCAAAAAAAAACUAUGGUUGAAAGAGCAAUGCUUUUACUCAGUUAAGAAAUUCUUAAAAGAAACCAACUGUAUAGGUAGAUUUAAUAAUUAUGCGAAAUAAAGGGCUGUAAAUUUAAAUUUAAUUGUAUGUAAAAAUGGCUGUACCUAAUUAUAACCACCAUAACACAAGCUUCCUUGGGCUUACCGUGGGACUUAGUCAAUUUGUGUAAGAAUGUCCUAUGAUAUUUAUUUAUUUAUAAUUUAAUUAUUGCAAUGUAAAGUAUUCUGUAGGACAUCAGUUAAUAUACUCAUAUUGGUAAUAUACAAUUUAUAAAUAUUGACAUUUUUAUUGAGUAAUAAUAAAUAAAUAAAUAUUACAGGACAUUCUUACACAGAUUGACUAAGUCCCACAGUAAGCCCAAGGAGGCUUGUGUUAAUAAUGAAUCUAUGAAAUGUAAAUAUAGAGUAAAUGCAUGUUAGUAAUUAAGUAUUUAAUAUAUUUAUAGUAACCCGUAAGUCGGCAGAAUUGUGUUGGACUAAUAUUUCGAUGUAACAUCUGUGUUAACCAUGAUUCUAGCAAAUAAAUAACAAAUUACAAAUUAACAAGUUUUGGAAACAAAUCAAAUUAUUUUGUUAAAUAUUUUGAUUUGUGUUUUUUAAGUAGUCACAUUACUUACUUACUUACUCCUCUGGCGCAGCGACCCAAAGUGUAUCUUGGCCUCCAACACGACAGUUCGCCACUGAUCCCGGUCCUGUGCAGUUUCUCGCCAGUCUUGGACCUGGAGCUCGCGCAGAUCAGCGUCCACCACAUCCGCCCAUCGGUACCUAGGUCGCCCGACCGGGCGGCGUGCUGUCGGUUUUCCCUCAAACACUCUUUUCACCGCCCGAUCGUCUCCCAUUUGAAGUAGUCACAUUACUAUAUGUUAUGGCAAUAAACUUUUUUUAUCUUUAUCUUAUCUUUUAUAUAAAUUAUAAACUGUAACAGAUGUCAUAUAUUAAAGAAAAAGCCACCCACUCCACACCACUGGAGGGCUUCGUCACUUUUUCUUUAAUAUAUGACAUCUAUUACAGUUUAUAAAUUACAAAUUAAAUAAAGACAAGCAAGUUAAAUAUAUUAAUAACGGGUCACUCACGUGUUUUAAGUCGAAAACGCUCGGAGGGCUGCGGCCCGCAGUCUGCGUCAGUCCGUCACCGUCG